CCACAAACAAAGAAAAGAAAAAUGUGUACAACUGAAAACUAUUUUGUUUUGGAUCCGCGAGGAGCCACCUUCUCGGAUCUAAUACGUCUUCUCUUCUCCUCAGAUCUCAGGAAUAGAAGGUUCAUACACUCUUCUGAAGAUAGGCUUGAAGAUAAUGAUCCUUGCAAGUUCCGGAGAAGAUGGAUCAUCUUUGUAUCCAUCGUGAUUCAAAAACUCAUGAUUCUCCUAAGGAAACCUCUCUACUUUUUCGGAUUCUCUCUUGGUUUUUGGUUCAACCUUCUUUAUAUCAAUGGUGGCUUCUUCAUGAUUCUCCCAAAUCUUUUCAAAGGAAAGAUUAUUUGGCCAGAAGAAACAUCGUCGACAUUUGCAUCUCUAAACGGAAACCUAGACGGACGAGUGGAGUUAGACGGGAGAAUAGAGAGAGGAAGUAAAAGAUACAAAGCAAUGUUGUCAAUCAUGGCUUCUAAGCUUUCUUACGAGAACAUUAACUUUGUCAGCUCUGUCCUUCACAACCAUUGGAAGAUGGACCUGUUGGGGUUCUACAGCUGUUGGAAUGGUUACCAGGAACAGAGGUCAACGGAGGUGCUUGUCAUAAAGGACGCAAGCACAGAUCCAAACCUCAUCGUUGUCAGUUUCAGAGGGACUGAUCCUUUCGACGCGUACGAUUGGUGUACCGAUUUGGAUCUCUCAUGGUACGAAAUUAAGAAUGUGGGAAAGAUCCAUGGAGGAUUCAUGAAAGCUUUAGGACUUCAAAAAGAAGGAGGAUGGCCUAAAGAAGUGAACGUUGAUCAAACCCAAAAAGAAACAACUCAAUAUGCAUACUAUACUAUUAAGAGUCACUUAAUAGAGAUUCUCAAUCAAAAUCCGAAAUCCAAAUUUAUUCUGACCGGACAUAGCCUAGGUGGAGCCCUAGCAGUCCUGUUUACGGGAGUGUUGAUGAUGCAUGAGGAAGAGCAAAUGCUAGACAAGCUCGAAGGAGUUUACACAUUUGGCCAGCCACGUGUAGGAGACGAGGAGUUUGGAAAGUUCAUGAAAGAUUCGCUGAAGAAGUAUGAGGUCAAUUACGAAAGAUACGUUUAUUGCAACGACAUGGUUCCUCGGUUACCUUUUGACGACAAGACACUUAUGUUCAAACACUUUGGGGCAUGCCGUUACUAUGACAGUUUCUAUAGAGGAAAGAUAGAAGAAGAGGAGCCUAACAAAAACUACUUCAAUAUCUUAUGGGCCAUACCGAAGAUUAUGAAUUCAGUGUGGGAGAUGAUUAGGAGUUUCAUCAUACCUUAUUGGAAAGGUGAAGAAUACAGAGAAGGAUGGUUCUUGAAGUGUUAUAGGGUUCUCGGAUUGUUAAUUCCGGGAAUACCUGCUCACGCUCCUAAUGAAUACGUCAAUGUCACACUUUUGGGAAACUUAUUUGACUCGCACCAUGACUAGAAUUUGGUGUGCAUCGUUUCCAAAUUCUUUGUAUAAUUUACUUUUCGUUCAACUUUAAAUAAAUAUAUGAAGAUAAUGAAGGAGUAAUAAAACGGAUAUAAACGUA